GACGUUGGUAUCUUGUGAUGUAUCCAUGUUGUUUACGUCAUUUCCGUUAAAAUAGCGAUUAGUUGCAAUACUUGUGAUAGCGUCCAUUUUCUUUCGGCCAUCUUACGUAUAAUCGCGAUAUUGUGCGUUGAACUUAUUUUUGUAUUAGAAUAGAAAAAAAUUGAAAUCCCUUAAAUAAUAAAUAUAUAUAUAUAUACACACAACACAUAUAUAUGUAUAUAUAUAUACUAUAUAUAUAAAUAUAAAAAAUAUAUAAAUCGUAACAAACCGUACGUUUUCUAAUUCUAAACUAUAGUUUUCUUUCGAUACUCGCGUGUAUUAUAUUUAUUUGUCGUGUGCUAAUGCGUGGAAUUUCAGAAAAUUCUCCAACUCGCGCAAUGGCGGAGGAAUUGGAUGUCGAAGCGAUGCUGGAAGCACCAUAUAGAAAAGGGAUGGAGCAGGACUCCUCAUCCAAAGACAAGUCCUCCAAGGAAAAUGAGUCUAGUCGCAAAACAUCUGGGAAAAGCAAGCAUCGUUCUCGUUCCCGUUCACGAUCUCGCGACCGCCGAGACAAAGACCGCCGUGAUCGCGACAGGGACAGGGAUAGAGACAGGGACAGAGACAGAGACAGGGACAGGGACAGGGACAGAGAUAGGGAUCGUGACAGGGAUCGUGACAGGGAUAGAGACAGGGAUAGAGACAGGGAUCGUGAAAGAGAUCGUGAACGCAGACGAAGAUCCCGAUCGAGAGACAGGCGAGAUCGUGACCGAGACAGAGAUGGAGAUAGAGACCGAGAUCGAAGAGACAGAGACAGAAGAAGAAAAAGAUCUCUUACACCUAUCACAUUACCUAGGGCUCGACCACCUUUUGGUAAAGGUGUUAGUCCUCUUGGCAUUAGGAACGAUGAGUUGACACCUGAGGAAAGAGAUGCUCGUACAGUAUUCUGCAUGCAACUAAGUCAACGGAUACGUGCACGUGACUUGGAAGAAUUUUUCUCUAGUGUUGGCAAAGUUCAAGAUGUUAGACUGAUUACAUGUAACAAAACGAGACGAUUCAAAGGAAUUGCAUAUGUCGAAUUUAAAGAUCCUGAAAGCGUUACACUUGCGCUUGGAUUAUCAGGUCAAAAGUUACUUGGCGUUCCUAUAGUAGUACAACACACUCAAGCAGAGAAAAAUCGGAUGGGUAAUUCUAUGCCAAAUUUAAUGCCUAAAGGACAAACAGGACCUAUGAGAUUAUACGUAGGUUCACUUCACUUCAAUAUAACAGAAGAGAUGCUUCGUGGGAUUUUUGAACCGUUUGGAAAAAUUGAUAACAUUCAAUUAAUCAUGGAUCCUGAAACUGGUAGAAGUAAAGGUUAUGGCUUUUUAACGUUUAGAAAUGCGGACGAUGCUAAGAAAGCAUUAGAACAAUUAAAUGGUUUUGAGCUAGCUGGUAGACCAAUGAAAGUUGGAAAUGUAACAGAACGCACUGAUUUAAUUCAAGGUCCUUCACUUCUAGAUACAGAUGAAUUAGAUCGAAGUGGUAUUGAUCUUGGUGCAACUGGCAGAUUACAAUUAAUGUUCAAAUUGGCUGAAGGUACUGGUCUCGAAAUACCUCCAGCAGCAGCUAAUGCAUUAAAUAUGGCACCUGUUAUCUCUGCUCCACCACCACCACCGCAAGCUGCGCCACCAAUAGCCACACAAUGUUUCAUGCUAUCAAACAUGUUUGAUCCACAAAAUGAAACAAAUCCAAAUUGGGCAAAAGAAAUACGUGAUGAUGUAAUAGAAGAAUGUAAUAAACAUGGCGGUGUAUUACACGUAUAUGUGGAUCAAGCUUCUCCACAAGGGAAUGUUUAUGUUAAAUGUCCAUCAAUAGCAACGGCAGUUGCUGCAGUUAAUUCAUUACACGGCCGGUGGUUUGCUGGUCGUGUUAUAACUGCUGCUUAUGUACCAGUUGUAAAUUACCAUUCUCUUUUCCCAGAUGCUAUGACUGCUAUUCAAUUAUUGGUCCCAACUGCACCUCGGCGGGGAAUAUGAUCUCAAGUGAAUCAGACCACUUAAAAUCUACAGCGGUCCUCGCCGUGGAGUGCCUUGCGUCGAACGAAGCACCGUGCUGAAAGUACGAACAUUAAGCGCGCAACAGUCUUCAACAACAUUCAAAGCCAAGACUUUUGUUUCAAAAACGACUUUGUAACAUUACUUUGGCUCCAUUUCUGUAAGAGAUGCGACAGGUAACUAUAGUCACCAGUCAUGUCCAUGUAGCGUUUUGUGGUGGGUGACUAUAGUCACCUGUAGUAGCGAAAGGGUUAAAAACUUAUAAUAUCUAAGGAUCAUAUAUUUCAUUUAUUAUUAUUUUUAUUUUGUUACUAGCAACCAACAGCUGUGUACAGAAUAAUAAUAGGAUUUAAUAAAAAAAAAACUUAAACGCAUUAUUACGUUAGUUAAUAUUAUUAUUAUUAUUAUUAUUAUUAAUUGGCAUUAGGAAUUCGAAAGUUCAUUGCUGCAAAUAUUAAAUUUCACCAGUGUUCCCGAAGUGAUAAAUCAUAAUUGAUGUAUAUUAUUCUGGUCAAAAGCACUGUCAUUGUAGAAAAUCAUUUGUGAAAAUUUCCAAAUUAUCAUGUUAAGUAUGUGAAUAUAAUAUAUAUAAAUACAAAAACUU